GAUGUUCACGAAGACCCAAGUCAUCGCCGCUGCCGUCGUCGCUGCGUCCACCCUCGCCGUCAAUGCCGCCCCAACAUACAUGAACGAGGUCGCCGACGUUGAGGCGCGCGGUUUCGGAAACGGCGGCUGGAUCAAGCCCUCCGCUGGCAAGAAUAACAAGGCGAAGACUCGCCAGGCUCACGAAGUCGCUGCUAUCGAACACCACAAGUCUCAGGAGCCCGGCCAUCCUGCCGUCGCCCCCGGCAACACCGCCACUGUCCAUGACUCUUGGCACCAGAGCAAUAAUGGUCCGGUGCACUCCACCGUCAAGUACGCGGACUCGAAGGGGAACCAUGUCACCACCCUCCACAUCGGCAAAGACGGUCAUCGCCAGGAGGGUUCUACCUCCAAGUCUCACCAAGGAGGCUGGUGGGCUCCCCCUGGCUCCCCUUCUCGUCGUGAGGAACUCGAGGUGCGCGGUUUCGGAAACGGUGGAUGGAUCAAGCCCUCUGCCGGGAAGAACAACAAGGCGAAGACGCGUCAAGCUCACGAGGUUGCUGCUAUCGAACACCACAAGAAGCAAGAGCCUAACCACCCCGCUGUCGCCCCCGGCAACACCGCCACUGUCCAUGACUCUUGGCACCAGAGCAAUAAUGGUCCGGUGCACUCCACCGUCAAGUACGCGGACUCGAAGGGGAACCAUGUCACCACCCUCCACAUCGGCAAGGACGGUCAUCGCCAGGAGGGCUCUACCUCCAAGUCUCACCAAGGGGGCUGGUGGGCUCCCCCUGGUUCUCCCUCUCGCCGUGAGAUCGAAGACAUCCUGGCGCGCGCUAUGGAGUUCUACGACGAGCUUGACUA